UAUCUAUGAAAAAACCCUCCCAAACCAAACAGCCCCUUACUGUUGGUGGCUUUAUUUGUUUAUGUUAUUGUUGUGAUGUGCAUUUGGCAUAACUGAUCCACUUCUGUAUUUCUCAUGUGCCUACCCAGACUAUAUGACAGUUUAUAUCUACAGGUCGAAUUGUUUGUGAAUCUGCUUUUCAUGACUGGGAUGACAGAAAGCAAUUAGAAUUUGAUUUGCUUUAUCUCUGUUUAGAAACUGGCUUAUCGUUUCAUAAUCAAUGGCUCGUAAAGGAAACCAACAGAAGAAUGGUUUGGACAGAAGCACAGCAAACGACAAAAAAGGAGGUAUCCCAGGGUUGGCAACACCUAAUAGAAAAGGAAAGGGGAGUGUAGGCAACAUGAAGGAUGUGGAAAGGAAAGAACUUUCAAGUGAUACUCAACCAAGCAUAUCUGUGACUGAGUCCCUUCACAAACAAGAUCAUGUUAAAGAUGAGAAGAAAAGAACAAGCAAAUCYGGAAAACAAAUUAAAGUAGAGAUUCAAGGUACAACCAGGACAUCUGCUGUAGAGCAAGCAGAACCACGUGACAGUACUUCUGAAGAUUCCAGUGCUAACAUGUCARCAAYUGGAAGUUCUUGUUUGGAAGAAGAGAAGUGGGCKUCAGCUAGUGGUAGUUCUGGAUCAAAGAACCGAAAAACUAGUUCUGGCCACUCUUUAAAUGGAUUCGAUCGGGAUGGUCUACGUGAAAGUGUAGAGCUUCCAGAAGCCUUGGGUGUUAGGUAUUUGAAGACKUUUGUGUUGYCUGUCUCACAGGUCUCAACUGAAUGGUUGGAYAGACACAAGCCUUUGAUUGAUAUUUUAGUAACCAAGAUAAUAAUCUCUCGUGAUUAUGUUAGAAUGAAAAUCAAGCAUGCUUACCCGAUUAUCUUGAGGUGGCUUACACAUUUCAYCAACAUAUUGCUUAUCCUUUCAAUGGUUUGGUUGGAUUGCACUCUUAGAGGUAUAGAUUCUGUUAUACGCAUGGGGACAACAUCAUUUUUCACAGUUAUUUGGUGCAGCAUCUUUUGGUGGUUGCAAUGAUUGGAAUGCUCAAAUUUGUCACUAUUGGGGUAAGCCUACUUUAUCCUUUUGCAGCUUCUUUAUAUGCAACUUAUCUUCGUAAGUAUUGAUUUUUUAAUAUAGUUUGUUUGGAAUCAUCUAAUAUUUCAAAUGUAUACAAGACAUUUGAAGUCUUUUACAGAUUCUUUGCUUGUAAAGUGUCUUUGUAUUUUGUUUUAUGAGUUUGUUUCAAUAAUAGCUUAUUUAGACCAAAAGCUAGAUUUCUUACCAUGUACUUUACUAUUUCUUUUGGUGGUGGCUUCUCGUACAGUCACAUGAGCAAAUCUAUGUAGUAACGACACCAGUAUGAUGGCACUGUGACUAGGCAUG